AUGAAAUUCCUUUGGAGUUUAGAAAGCAUUGGUAUAACAGAUUCUCCCAAAAAUACCAGAGAAGAAGAAGCUGUUAAAUAUUUUAAUGAAACUGUACAUUAUAACAAUGGCAGAUAUGAGGUCAAGUGGCCAUGGAUCCAAUACCCGCCUGAUUUACCAACCAAUUAUGGUUUAGCCUAUGGCAGGUUAAAAGGUUUACUGCGGAGAUCUGACGAGAGUACGCUCAGCGAGUAUGACCGAAUUAUAAAGGAACAAUUGGAUGCAAAAAUCAUCGAAGAAAUAGAACCUAAAACAGUACCUAUCUAUCAAGUAAGUCCUCCGGUACACUAUUUGCCACAUCUUAUAGUGAGACAAGAAGGAAAGAACGGGCGGAUCGUUUAUGAUGGUUCAGCAAAAAUAAAGGAAGGUAAUAGUUUAAAUGAAUGCAUGUACCGAGGUCCUUCGUUAUUAGAAGAUCUUACUGCGCUAUUGAUUAAAUUUAGAACCGGCAAAGUAGGAAUUACUGCAGAUGUUGAAAAGGCGUUCCUACAAAUUGGCCUCCAAAAUGAAGACAGAGACGUGACGAGAUUUCUCUGGGUUAAGGACCCUAGUAAAGAACUAACGGAUGAUAACAUACGCCAUUUCCGAUUUUGUAGAAUCCCGUUUGGGAUAAUUUCUAGUCCAUUCUUGCUAACAGCAUCAAUUCGAUACCAUAUAUCCAAAACAAAUGAAGCACUACUCACAAAAAUAGCAGACAAGUGCUAUGUUGAUAAUUUAGUGACAUCUGUUGAAUCCCUAGAUGAAGCUUUACGCUUGUAUGAUGAAACUAGGACAGUAUUUAAUGAGCUUUCAAUGAAUAUAAGAGACUGGGUGUCAAAUGAUAGUAAAUUUAUGGAGAAGAUCCCUAAGAACCAGUCUGGAAAUCAGUCAGGAAAAAUGAAAAUUCUGGGUCUAAUUUGGAACCUACAAGAUGACACUUUACAACUGAAAAUGGAAGAUAAGGCGCUUGAGACUCAAGCCAAUGAUGAACUAAACAAAAAGGAUAUCCUUAGAACUCUUGCUCGUGUCUAUGAUCCAUGUGGGUUUGCGUCACAUUCUACCAGCUAA